AUGCUAUCCUCUCGCUUCUCCAUCCUUGCCGUCGCUGCUUCAUUGACGUUGGCCGCUAGCAGCGUCAGCGCCUACUCUAACCGCGUCUUUCUCAUCCGACACGGAGAGAAGCCGUCGGAUGAUGACCAGAGUGAGUCACGCUUCACUUUUUUGACCUCGCUGUGCCGCUCAUGCUGCUCAUCGCGUUUGCUGAUCCUUUGCGAGGUGAUUGAUCGUCAUCCAGCUGGUCUGAGCGCACAGGGCAUGCAACGCUCUCAAUGCCUGCGCAACGUCUUUGGCAAGGGCAGCGGCUACAACAUUGGCUACAUCAUCACCCGUGCGUAGCAGUAGCAGCAUCUCUUUAGAGGAAGUGUAGCGCUCUCAGCUGAGCUAAAUCGAAUUUUCUUUCUUACAAUUUGCGCACGUAGAGGACUACAAGUCUGACGGAUCUCGAAACAGACCUUAUCAGACUGUGCUUCCCCUCUCUCAAGAUCUCGGCUUGACCAUCGACCAUCACUGCGAUCGAGACGAUGCAGACUGCGCCAAGGACAGCAUCAAGAACUUUGCAUCCAGCAGCGGUGCGGAUAUUCUCCUCUGCUGGGAACACAAGGCUCUUAGCGACAUUUCAAAGGCUCUGGGUGACAAGUUUGAUUACCCCAGCGAUCACUUCAACUACAUUUACGAGAUUCAAAACAAGAAGCUCACGGGCAACAGCCCUUACUCGGAGAAAUGCCCGGGUCUUGACAACUAG